GCCGAAGAAAAACAAACCAUUGGGUGGAAAAAAACAAGUCUCACACUUAAAAUCGAAUUCUAUUCAUAACCAUUUUUCAUUUUCAGAAAUAUUACCGCCGAUGUAACCUGUUUUAUUCUCCUCCUCUCAGUAAUCAAUCAAUUUGACGGUGUUGUUUAUCUAUUGUAAAGGGGAACUUGAAACCGCCCCUUGCCCCAUUUCCUCGGUUGUUUUUCUUCUUUCGCCUGUAUUCUCCAUGUUGUUGGAGUGAAAAUUGAGGACUUCGCAGAGACAGGAAGGGGCCGUUCGGGAAAUGUACUAGUGAUAAAGUAAACCGAGAGGCGCAGCAGAGGGAAUCGCAACGACGAAAACAUAUCCAAGCGCCCUGCCCCUCCCAUGUGUGGACAACAGAAGAAGCCAGGAAUAAAGAAACAUUGUUGCUGAUGAAAUGUAGCCUCUUACGAAUCCAACACAGACACGGAUGACAGUUAUCAAAGGCAAUCCUUUAGUAACUUGUCAACAUAACCUAAUGAAGGCUGCUUAUCUCUGUUUGGGGAACGGAUUGGAUUUUGAGGGCUCUGUGCUUGUCAGAUGGAAAGAUCUAUCAUCACUCAAGUGCAGAAAGAAGACAUUCAAUUGUCACCGAAAACAGGCCAGGUGAGCAGGUCUUCUCCGAAGAAGCCUAGGUGCUGUAACCUCUUCAAAGCACUUUUCUGUUGCCUCAGAGGAGCACAGGCUGCCCCCAAACCACUGCCACCUUCCCAGGAUGCAUUGCUGGAGCUACAGGACAAUGGGGACGUUGUCAAGCUCUCAUCUGGACCCAGCCUGCUGCCGGAGAUGAUACCUCAGGACCAGGGGAAGAUAUGUGUGGUCAUAGACCUGGAUGAAACACUAGUGCAUAGCUCAUUCAAGCCUAUUAGUAAUGCAGAUUUCAUAGUGCCUGUGGAGAUUGAGGGGACCACACACCAGGUAUACGUGCUGAAAAGGCCGUAUGUGGAUGAGUUCCUACAGCGAAUGGGAGAGCUGUUUGAGUGCAUUCUGUUUACUGCCAGUCUUGCCAAGUAUGCAGACCCAGUGACUGACCUGUUGGAUCAGUGUGGGGUGUUCCGGGCGCGGCUGUUCCGGGAGUCCUGUGUGUUCCACCAGGGUUUCUAUGUCAAAGACCUCAGCAUACUGGGCAGAGAGCUCCAUAAGACCCUCAUCUUGGACAACUCUCCUGCCUCAUACAUCUUCCACCCUGAGAAUGCUGUUCCUGUGGUGUCCUGGUUUGAUGAUGUGGAGGAUUCUGAGCUGCUCCACCUGCUGCCGGUGUUUGAAGACCUGAGUCAGGCUGAAGACGUCUACAUCAGACUGGGGGAGCUAAGAGUGCCAUGAUGGAGGCGGGAGAGGACCCUGCGCUCACUGCCAGACUAGCCAGCACCUGGCCCAGAACAUACGCAACCACCAUAGAAAUAGAAACAUAACAUUCUAUUCAUAUAACAUUGUAUUUGUAUGCUCACCAGCCAGAGGCACAUGCAGUGUAUUUGUUUCAGACGAGCACUUCAUGAUAUUCUAAGGCCUUUUCUCUGAGACUCUGAGCAUCUGUCUGUCUGUCAACCACUGUCUGACAACUCUGAGCCAAAAUACCAUAGAGUACUGCAAUCACUCCAAAUGAAUAUGAAUAAAGUGGUUCUUUUUUUGUCAAACCAGAGGCCUGAAUGGCCUGAUCUAACUCAGGACACUUGUAUCAUUGUGCCUUUUUUUCUUUCUUAACAAACACAAAAACCAAGCAGCUCAAACUUUUUUAAUUAUAAUUUUUUUUCUUCCAAUCUCACUAUGCAACCCUCUUCUGCAAUCAUGAUGGACUACAGUGCUACUUGUUAUACGGGUGGGUCACAAUCAUAUCCAGAAUGCCAAUAGAAUGUGUUCUUUACAUUUUCCUGGAUAUAUGACCAGUCAGCAUAUGCUCAUGUACUAUACGUUUAACGGAUGUUUAAGUAUGUAAAUAUUUGUAUUUUUUUACUGUAAAAUGGCCAACAAAGCAAAAUGCCUCUCCAAUAAGUACUGAAUACAUUGUAAGUAAAUCAUUUUGAAGAGCUUAAAAUAUUAGCAACAUUAUAUAUAUUUUUUUAUGAUUAACAUACAAUGGUGUUAUAAAGUUUUAUAAAGCUCUUUGAGUUUAUCAUUUGGGACAAACUUCUUUAAUCUGGUCACUUGAAUGCCAACACACUGGAUGGCAUGGUUGUAGGCUACUCAGCAGAAGUACAGUUUAGUGUUGCUCUUAGAAUAUUUGGUCCAGUCUUAACACGUUUAUUUUUCUGUUUUUCUUGUAAUACUAAAUGACAGAAGUUGCACUAUUUGUUUUGAUAAGUAAGACUGCUAAAAGAAGUGACAAAUGCAUUUCUAAUUCAGUCAGAUAUAUGCACCCUUAUGCCAUGCUGAAUGUGGUCAAAUACUGUAUUAACAAAACUAUAUGUAAUUGUGGUACUCCUAAUGCUGAAUUAUUUUAUUUUUACAAUUUGUGUUCAUUUGUGUCAUUAUUUGCCCACUGCAAAUGAGGUUAUCAAAACAACAAUAUUCAAAACCUCUGCCAAAUUAUAAUUUGUGGCUAGUAUUUUUGGAUUGUGUAAAGUUAAUCACAUAUUUUCCUCCAAACUGUGCCUUUCAAACAUUACUCCUCGAAUCAUCAUAGAUGAUACCAACGACAUUGUGUUAUCAAUGGUCCCGUGUGGCUCAGUUGGUAGAGCAUGGUGUUUGCAACGCCAGGGUUGUGGGUUUGAUUCCCACGGGGGACCAGUACAGGGAAAAAAUGUAUGAAAUGUAUGCAUUCACUACUGUAAGUCGCUCUAGAUAAGAGCGUCUACUAAAAUGUAAAUCAAAAAACAAUAACCAAAUUCAGGGGUUAGAUGUUUGUUAUACCAUUACUGUAGUAUAUUGCCAUUCCACAAAUAAUGAUGGAAACCAGGAUUAUUUUAUGUUGGUACAAUCAAGUUGUUUUUAUAAUGUUUAUGUCCGUUUUUAUUGUGUACGUUGAUCACUUAAUUAAGACAUUUGAAUGAAUGUUUACCAAUCCUAAUGAAUAACCAAAGAUAUCUGGUUGUUGAUAUUGUGUAGAUUUAGUUGUUCUCAUUGACAUUGUUAUAAUUAAACUAAAUAAAGCUACAUGUAAAUCAUGAACACACAUUUAGCUCUAUACAUUGUUGUUCAGUGUAAGAUGGGUCAUACUUCCAAUAGGGUGCCAGGUAGUCAACCAAAAGGUUGCUGGUUUGAAUCACUGAGCCGACUAGGUGAACAAUCUGUCGAUGUGCCCUUGAGCAAGGCACUUAACCCAGAAUUGCUCCUGUAAAUCACUCUGGAUAAAAACAAAUGUUAGGCCUUCAGGAUAGCUUUUGGCAAGAAAUAAGUGUAUAUUGGACGCAAACUGGGCAAAAAUUGCCAAAAUAAAGUUGGAUUAUAUUU